AACGAUCUCUUGUUCUACUUGCUAUUUUUAACUUAAUCGCUGUUAUACUUUUGCUUUGGUUGUCAUAGCCCAAGUGUCUCACAUGUUGCUACUACACUUGGCUGCUGCCUUUUCUAUUCUAACAGCCAGUUUCACCCUGGCUGUUCCAAAUACUGUCCUAGGAAAUAGUCUUGCUGAUUUGUAUGACAGACGAACUAUCCCAUUCCAGAACACUCCUUUCCCUGCAACUCUGUCUGCUGCUCAGACUCGGGGCUCAAUCGUUCAUGAAUUGGACAAUGACGUUGGUGUAUUUACUUCCAAGUUGGAUAGUAUUCCUGCUCGCAUGUUUUACUUUGAAAACUCAGAGCAUGUCCUACUGCAAGAAAGUGGUCCAUUGGGUUCGGUUUGGCAUUCUAGCAACGAGGGAAAAACUUGGGAAAAGGCCAAUGGUAUUUCUGCAGAAGUAUCUGGCUCAUCUGUUCUUAUUCAACACAUGCAUGCCAAGGAAACCACAGCUAUUUUGCUUACACGCCAAAAGAAACACUAUAUUACAACCGAUCGUGGUGUGUCUUGGAGACCAUUUAGCACAGAUCUUUUAAAUGCCAAUAAUCUGGCCAAUUCUCUCUCUUUUCAUGCCACUAAACCAUCCUACAUAAUGUACCGCGGUCGAAAAUGCAUCACCGAGAAAGGUGAGGUAUCGUGUCGAGAAGACACAUACUAUACCACUGACAGUUUUCAAACUAUAAAAUUGCUAUUGCCAUGGACUUCUGAUUGUGUUUGGGCACAAAAUGUUAAUCCUAAAGCCACUGAACUGGUAAACACUGUUUUAUGCACUGAAUGGCCCGUCAAUGAGCAGUAUGGAAGAGUGGAUGUCAAGAACCCUACCAAACUGCAGUUGGUCAAAAGUGAUACGUUUUUUGCCGAUGGAACCAAGAGUAUUGUAGCUUCAAAUAUGCCAAUUGUUGGCAUUUCUCAUGAAUGGCUUAUGGCAGUAAGCGGUUCUGAAUCCAAUAUUGAUGUUCACUUGAGUACAUCCAAGGAUGGGAGUACUUUUGUUAAAGCUAUAUUUCCGCAAACUAAAUUCAGAGCACAGGUGGGAUAUACUAUUUUGGAAUCGUCCGCCGAUUCGCUCUUUGUCGAUGUUCUUUUUUCAGACCCAAAAACAUAUCUACCAUUGCCCUUUGGAACCAUGUACAAGUCGGACUCGGAUGGCACAUACUUUAUCAAAUCGCUCGACUAUACAAAUAGAGAUCUGUCUCGCGGACAAGUGGAUUUUGAGCGCAUCAAAUCCCCUAUUUUUGAUGGAAUUUUGAUGGCUAAUAUCGUUUCCAAUUGGCGUGAGAUUGCUGAUCGCACUGCUUCUACCAAAUGGCUUGCAUCUGUGAUUUCAUUUGAUAACGGUGCAAGAUGGCAGCCUUUGAAACCACCUUCGUUGGACAUUGAUGGCAAGGCUUGGGGAUGCACACCCUCGACUGCUGCUGGUUCAAAAUGCUCACUGCAUCUUCACUCGACUACCUCUUAUCGCAAUAUUGGCAGUGUUUAUUCUACCCAAUCUGCUCCAGGUAUCUUGAUUGGUGUUGGAUCCGUCGGAGCCAUCCUACAGGAUUAUGCACUCUGCGACACAUUCAUGUCAGACGAUGCAGGACUAACGUGGAAAAUGGUGAUGCGCGGACCUGCCAAAUUUGAGAUUCUUGAUAUGGGUGCUGUGAUUGUCCUAGUUCCUGAUAUUCCCCAGUCUGACAAAGUGCUAUACACAUGGAACCGCGGCAAAACUUGGCCCCUUGUCACUCUGUUAGAUCCAAGCUCAACAUCACAACGGAUGUUGCUGAUCGCGAAUGAGUUUGGAGGACAGUAUGGUUCCACCACCAUAUUUCAACUUGAUUUUGAACAUUUACAAAAACGCAAAUGCAAUAUGAAUCCAGACUCUCCAGAAAAAAGUGAAGAUUUUGAACUUUGGACACCUCGCAGCUCCGUAGAUUCAAAAACGGCCGAGUGUUUGCUGGGAAAAACUAUCGGAUACUAUCGUGUUCGUGCUGAUGCGAAUUGCUUUAUUGGAGAUAAAUUCAAGAACCCUAUUUCUGUAACAUCCAUUUGUUCUUGCUCAGAUGCCGACUACGAGUGUGAUAUCGAGUUUGAACCUUCCGUUUCUUCAACUGCACUGGUUUGUUCUCAUACUGGGCCGCUUCGUGAUCAGCCGCUUGGUUGCAAAGAAGGUGAAAAGUAUAUGGGCAGAUCUGGGUAUCGCAAGAUUCCCGGCGAUGUGUGCACCAACGGAGAUCAGAGCAAGACUAAGCCAGUAGAGCGUACAUGUGGUAAAAUUACUAGAGGAGGUCCUGGAGGCCCAGUAGUCAGACCUCCUUCCGCCAACAGACCUGUAUCUCAUGUGUCAACUAUAUCAGAGCGUAUCGAUCAGAUUGCUUAUUUGAAAGAAACUACUAUUGUUUUUGCGCUCACUCAUACUGGCCAAAUUUGGCGCAGUGCUGAUGAUGGUGUCACUUGGGUUCUCUCUUAUGUACACAGCGCUUUACUUCAAAAUAAGCAAGUCCUUCGCGUUGCUUUUCACGAGUCCAAUCACAAGCGUACAUUCAUUUUUACCAAUGACCAGAUCUUUGUUUCUGAUAAUGCAUUGGAUGAUGCCAAUCACGACAUCAAGCUGCUGGCUGUUCCCGAGCCCUAUAAUGUUUUUGGCAUCAAAAUCAUAGACUUUCACCCAGACGAGCCGGAUUGGUAUGUUUACGUUGCUGGUGGACAAAAAUGUGGUUUAGAUCCAACUACUUGCCACACCACAACUUAUAUGACCAAAGAUGCCGGCAAGACAUUUACUCAGAUAGACACAUGGAGCAACAAGUGUUUGUGGGCUCGUGAUUUUGGAUUCAAAGACAAAAGCCUUGCUGUGGAUGCCAUUAUUUGCUCUACUUUUAAAUACAAAGACGGCCGUGUUUCACAAGAUGAGUUGCGCAGCAAUCUUUCAUCCAGAUCAAAUAACCCUGCUCAUCUUGUUCUCCUCACCAAUAACGGCCAAUCAGAGCUUGUAGUUGUUGAUGCAGAUGUGUUUGACUUUUUUGUUGUGGAUGGCAUCAUGCUUGUGGAUACUAUCAUUGAUGGUUCGCAUGCUUCUACUGGAUCUCUGACCAGCAAGUUGAUGGUUUCAACGGACGCUCAGCAAUUUAUUGAAACCAAGUUUCCACCAGGAGUUUCGGUUUCCCAUAGCCGGUUUACUAUUCUUGAAUCAACUACCGGUGGUGUGUUUUUGGAUGCCGAGAUGACAGCUGUCGACAAUGGUCGAUCAGGAGUAAUGUUCAAAUCCAACGAAAAUGGCGAGUAUUUUUCAAAGGUUUUGGGCAAAACUCAUCGCAGCGAUCGUGGCCGUGUUGAUUUUGAGAAAAUCAAUGAGAUACCUGGUAUAAUCAUAACCAAUGUAGUAUUUGGACCUCUGGGCCAGAAGGAAGCAAUUCAGACCCGAAUGUCAUUUGAUGAUGGAUCAAGCUGGACAUCUCUUGUUGCUCCCGAGGUUGACUCCACUGGUGCUCGGAUCGUGUGUACGUCUGAUCCUAGUGCUCAAAAGUGUAACCUGCAUCUGCAUGGAAUUACCUCUAUGACUUCUACGUUUGGGCUAAGUAUCUCACACUCAUCCAAGGGUGCGGCUGGCCUAUUAAUUGGUGUAGGCAAUGCUGGAGAUCAACUCCUUGCUUACAAUCUUGGGAAUGUAUUUAUUUCGCGUGAUGCUGGACGCAGUUGGAUCGAAGUGCGCAAAGAUGCUCACAAAUGGGCUAUUGCUGAUUAUGGCGGUUUGAUUGUUCUUGUAAAUGAUGAGAAGCCGGUGGAUACACUGUUUUAUUCUUGGGAUUUUGGAACCACAUGGGCUGAACAUAAAUUCUCUGACCGUUCUGUUCGUAUUGAAGAUGUUACUACGCGCCAGGGAGCUGAAUCGCGCAAAGUAGUUAUUACUGGCCACUAUAUUUCAUCUCAAACGGAUGCGUCCAGCAGUUCCGAUGAACUAGCAACGGCUCUCAUAUCAGUAGACUUUGAAAAACUGUUUUCACGCAAAUGUGAUCUCAAUGCCGAUUUUGAGAUGUGGUAUCCUGGUAGCCUGCCUGGUUCAACUGAUAACAAGCGAUGCUUUUUUGGAGAAGAGGCUAUUUAUCGCAGACGUAAAUCGGAUGCUGUUUGCUAUGUUGGUGCAGGCUUUGAGCAUGUUGUUGCUGACAAGAAGACGUGUGAAUGCGCUGACGUUGAUUAUGAAUGCGAUUUCAACUUUUUCCGUAACGAUGCUGGCACGUGUAGUUUGUAUUCAACCAAUCCUGACCAGCCCAUGAACUGUCCUCUUGGAACAACAUACAAAGGCUCAUCAGGAUAUCGCAAAAUUUCUCUCUCGCGCUGCAAGGGAGGCAAGGAUCUUACCGGAAAGAUAGAUCGUGAGUGCAGUGUGCCAGGAUCUGUAACUGGUCAAGUUUCUGUUACUGCGCACUUGCUUGCUACUGAAAUUGACGAUUUCUACUACUUUAAUCAAACUGAGACCAUUGUUGCCAAAGAUACACAGCAUGUACUGUAUAUUUCACGAGAUCAGGGCAAAACAUGGGCUACGGAUCCAUUUGUUACCAAUGCAGGUCAAAUUUUGGCAAUUAUGAAUGAUCGAUUUCACCCACAUCGUGCUUUCUUUAUGACCGUUGGAGAAAACAAACUGUUGUAUACUAAUGACAAUGCAAAGUCAUUUGCGCAGCUAUCCACUCCUUUGGCGACCAAUUGGAACUUUGUUUCCAAUUUUCUUACUCCACAUCCCACAGAUGAAUCUGCCCUGUUGUACAUUGGCGUUUCAGAUUGCGCUGCUGAUCCCAACGCUUGCCAUGCUGAAGCUCAUGUUACAUUUGAUUUUGGGAAAUCAUGGACACUACUGACCAAGUAUGUUCAUACAUGUAAGUGGAUGUCUUCUACACCUAGUGGAUUUCAUUCUACGUUUGACAGAGGUGUUGUGUGCUCGACGUAUGUAAACCCACAAGGAGAUCAACGCAAUUUAAUUGCAAUGGAACUCGUGAAAUUUGAAGAUGCACGCAAAGGUGGAAGUGAUCGUCAAGUCUUGUUUCGUACUUCUGGAUUUGCCAUCUAUGAUGAAUAUAUGGUUGCUGCUGUACCUAGCGCAGAAACUCGUGAGGUAUCUAUUCAGGUGUCGUUGGAUGGUGCACAUUGGGCGGAAGCGUAUUUUCCCGACAAAUAUCUUGUUCGAGCUGGGUACACUGUUUUGCAAAGCAACACUGGAUCUGCGUUUAUUCAUGUUAUUGAAAGUGCGGCUCCGGGUCGUGAGCACGGCACAUUGAUGAAGAGUAACUGGAAUGGCACUUUCUAUACCGAGUUGCUGGUUGGUGUCAAUCAGAAUAGAGCUGGAUAUGUCGACUUUGAAAAGGUUGAGGGCAUCCGAGGAUCGAUUAUUGUCAAUCAAGUUUCCAAUAUCAUGGAGAUGAAUCGAGGUGAUCCCAAAAAACUGCAAACCAAGAUGAGCUUUGAUGAUGGCUAUACAUGGAAUUACCUUGCUGCACCAAAGCUUGAUUCGAACCACAAUACAUAUGACUGUGGAUCUGAAUGUUAUCUUCACUUGCAUGCAUACACUGAACGACAUGAUCAGCGCGAUCUUUUUUCAUCAUCUGGCUCGGUAGGAUUCAUGAUGGGCGUGGGCAAUGUUGGUAGUUAUCUCAAAGACUUUACCGAUGGUGAUACAUUCAUCACGCACGACGGUGGUCGUACAUGGACCGAGAUUGUCAAGGAAGCGCAUAUGUUCGAGUUUGGUGAUCAUGGCGGUAUAAUUGUUCUUGUAAACGAUGAGGUAUAUACAGAUACGAUCAAGUAUUCGGUUGAUGGCGGUUUGACUAUUCAUCAAAUACGGAUUGGUGAUAUUGCUGGUGUUGGCAGUGGUGGGAAAAUCCGGGUAUCUAAUAUUUUAACCGAUCCCAGCGGCACGACAAGCAAAAUGGUUGUCAUGGGCAAACUGCGUGAUGGCGCCAACGCUAGUGUGUCUUUUGCUACCUUGCAUCUGGACUUUGAUACGAUCUGGCCCCGUAAGUGCGUCAUUAAUCACGACAAUCCCAGUAAAAGCGAUUACGAAGGAUGGAAUCCAUCUUUGCUUCAACCUGGUGGUGGUUGUCUUUUUGGCUCCAAUACAACCUAUUACAGACGUAAACUUGAUCGAGAAUGCAUGGUUGGUCAAGCGUUCCAAGAUUUAGCUGCAGAUGUUCAAUACUGUGACUGUCAGAUGCCAGAUUUUGAAUGUGCUGCUGGAUACCAUAGCCAAAAUAAUCAAUGCGUGCCGGAUCCCCAAACCGUUGCGGCAGGAGAAACGUGCAGUUCUGCUGGUAUUCUUCAAGGAUACCGACAAAAGAGAAUCUCGCAAUGCAUCAAUGCAGACAAGGUUCUUCCUCCUACUUCACAUUGUGUCAGUGUGGGAUAUGCUUCUUCGCUGUGGUCAUGGUUGUGGAUGAUUCUGGUGGCUCUGGGCAUUGCUGGGUUGUGUAUUUGGGCUGUAGCCUAUUCAAGAACACAUGGCGGAUUUGCUUUCUUGAAUAGAUCGUCGUUUCGUCGCAGUAGCUACGGACCAGUACAGCUUCCGUUGGAUACUGAUGAGGCUGGCCACAGAUCUACUUCAUCCAUGUUUUCGCCAGCCAAUCUCGGUGAAAAUAUUGGUACCGGUAUACGUACACUAGGACUUAUUGUUAUUGACUCGCUUGUUGGAAGCGUGGUUGUUGCCCACAAAGCUUACGACUGGGUUCGAACGAGAUUAACACGAGCUCAAGGAUACACGACUGUAAGAACUACAGUUGCUGGACGGUUUAGUUUUGAUGAUGCUCAGCAAAAUAGCGGCGGGUAUCGGGAUGUUAAUGCCAGUAAUACUCCUGCGCAUCAUGUUAUUGAUGAUGAUGAUGCGUUGGAUUUGGACUGGGGUGAUGAAAAUGAUGGCUCACGGCAUCCUUAGCAUGUGUCACUAUAAUUCUCCAGUCUUUGUACCAUCUUUCUAGCAGUUUGAAUUGCCAAUAAACUUUUUGCUUACCAA